CUACGCCGGAGACAGGGCAGCACCGUGAGCCUGCAAUCCUGCACAGAGCCCUGCCAGUCUCCUCGUGCUGGGAAACCUCCACCCCGGGAAGGUGUGGGCAGUGUCCACCUGCUCGUGGGUAGGUUUGGAUGCUGGCAGCCCUGUGUGCAUGGAGAGGAGGACAUCAUCAUCACCCGUGGCAGUGGAGAGGAGCCAGGGACAAGCCUCCAGCUGGCACAAGGACCCACCUCCCCAGAAGUGCUUGUAACCCGAUCUCCUGGGCUUGACUUCCCUGCAGCAGAUCCAAUAGCACCUGUCACUGAAAGGACUGCCACAGCCCCCCGGGACAGCACCGCCCUUCUGCCACCAGCCCUGAGGCCCUGGGAAGCAUCUCAGGACAGCAUGUCCCAGGCCGGCGGCAGCCCCCGGGCGGAGGAUUCGGGGCCGUGCGCCGGGGCGCACUCGCGCACCCCGAGCCGGGGCAGCCAGCGCGUCGAGUGCAUCGUCUGCUACUCCUCCUACGACUGGGCGUGCGGCUCCUCCUACGCCCUGGGCGUGCGGCUGCCGCGGCGCCUCUACUGCGGCCACACCUUCUGCCAGGCGUGCCUGAAGCGCCUGGACGCCGUCAGCAACGAGCAGCGCUGGAUCCCGUGCCCGCAGUGCCGCCAGAACACUCCCACGCCCCGCGGCGGGGUCACCAUGCUGGACCUCGACCUGGCCGCCUUCCUGAAACCCGGGCCAGCCAUCAGAGAGGUUCCCUGGGCCCUGAGCGCGUUCCCCGGUGCGUGUGGCUCUGCAGCAAGGACCGUGGUGCUGAGCAUCCCCCAGGCAGGGGCAGGGCCUGGCACAGGUGCCGUGGGGCACAUCCAGCACCUCGAAAGCUCCACGUCUAUUCCAGACGCGUUUAGUCCUGCUGGGCUGCACGUCCUGGUCGUGUUUGUCGGCAAUCCUGGCCCGGGGGCGGGCCCUGCCUGCGGCGGGUGGGGGAGAAGUGACCUGCCCUGCUGGAUUGCUGUGCCAUUUGCAUGA